AUGGCGCAGCAGAACAUGGACGCGGACAUCAGGCUCGCCGACGCGUCGGCGUCGGACAUCAGGCACGGCCUCGACGGCGCGCCGCACGCGCGCGUCCUCGAGGCCCUGCGCGCGCUGGGCCCCGUCGCCGACGGCGCGUCCGUCGCGGCGACGACGGUGGCCGACGAGCUCAAGCAGCCGAACAGCCACAGCGCCGUGCUGCGGCUCGAGCUCUCCGACGGCGCGGCGCGCGAGGUCUUCGUCAAGAAGGUCACCGCGCGGCACCUCGCGCACAAGCCCUGGGCCGACCGGCGGCGGUCGCUCGCGUACGCGCGCUGCGAGCUCCGCUUCUACCGCGAGUUCGCGCCGGGCCUCGACGUCGGCACGCCGCGCGUCGCGCUGCUGGAGGACGCCGGCCUGGAGGAUCUCGGGGACGCGGAGCCGCCCGCGGCGGCGCUCGAGACGUGCGGCGCGGUCAUGUGGCUGGAGACCGUCCGCGGCGGCUUCGAGCAGGCGUCGCCCCUGGCGCCGGCGCGCGCGGCGUUGGUGCUGGACGCCGCGGCGCGGCUCCACGCCAGCGCCUGGGAGGACGAGGCCGUGCUCGGCCGCGCGGCCGAGCGGCUCCAGCGCCACGGCGGCUCGUUCGCGCUGAGCAUCCGCAACCCCAAGGAGCUCGAGCGCCUCGAGGCGAACUGGGCCACGUUCAAGGCGAAUUUCGCCGCCGUCGCGCCGCCGGGCUUCUUCGACGCGCCGGGCGUCGCGGACCUGGGGGGGCGGCUGAAGCGCGCGGCGCGUUUCGUCGCGAACGAGCUCGCGCCGCAGCCGGGCGACGCGUUCGCGUGCCUCGUCCACGGCGAUCUGAAGGCCAUGAACGUCUUCCUGCCGACGGACGACGGGGAGCGCGCGCUCCUCAUCGACUUCGCGUCGACGGGCGUCGGCUACGGCAUGGCCGACGUCGCCAUGCAUCUCGCGCACGCGGUCUUCCCGCUGCCCGCGGACGUCGAGGACGGCCUCAUCGACGGCUACCUCGCGGCGCUCGACGCCUACGGCAUCGACGGGACGGAGGGCAGCCCCUACUACUACACGCGCGGCGCCGCGCGGCACCACUACCGCCUCGGCCUCGUCGACUACGCGCGCUUCGUCGUCGGCCGCUUCUGGGGCGCGGCGUCGCCCGAGACCUUCGCCGCCAAGGCGGCGAACCGCAACGUCGCCCUCGUCCACCGCAACGUCGACGCCGCGCUCGCCUUCGUCGCCAAGGUCGACGCGUACCUCCGGCUCGUCGAGGCCGACAUCGCGUCGCCGCCGAAGCCGCCGCCGCGCGGGCCCCCGAAAGUGAAACCUUAG